AUGGCAGCCCUGGCGGCGCGCCAGCGCACGGAGCUCGAAGCGCAGGCUUUGCCUGGCGCAGCGGCAAAGCGGUACCCUCGGUGGAAGCCCAAAGAAAGCAAGACCGAAAGAGCAGCCGCAGGCAUAGCUCAGAAGGUCUUGUGCAAGGAGUACCAGCACCCCUUACGCUCCACACCUACGAUGGCACUCCGCCGGCGCGCCACAUCCCGACCAGAGCGAGGCUGGGCUUCGCCGAAUGAGGCGCCGGGCAGGGCCGGGCAAGGCAAUGCCGCACCUUUGUUUCAACAAGUUUGGGAGCACCGAAAAGGUGACGAGCUCUUCAGGCUCGGCCAUGCGGACACGGCGGGAGGCAAACUUGCCUUCACGAUCCUCGCCUGCGCCCGCCGAUCCUUUCAGAGCAUAGCAACGAGCCCAUCGACUCAAUCCGAUGUCUUCACCAUGCUCGCGGGGGCCUACCCGCAGUUCCAGAUGCGGCACAACUAUGACUGGGGGUGGGACUCAUCUGUGGUGCCGAUGAUGACCUGGCCUCAGCAGGCCGCUCCUUCUGAGCACGACCUGCAGUUACAGGAGGUGCUGAACAGCAGCGAGCCAUCCGAGGCGGAGAGGAAGAUCAUCCACGCGUGCAUCCAGAAGCUCAAGGGCAUCUUGGCCAAUCUGGGCAACGUGUGGCACAUCCGCGCCUUUGGUUCGGCGGCCAACGGCUUCGCCACCAAGGGCUCCGACCUGGACGUGACCUGUGUUCAUGACGGCGUGAGCACGCAGAACAGUGAGCUUGCGAUCCAGGAGCUGCGGACGAGGCUGGCACCUCUAAUCAGAGAGGAGCCGAGCCUCGAGGUGAUCGAAGAAGUCUGGUCUGCCCGUGUGCCGAUUUUGAAGCUCCGCUUCCAGCACCUUCCGGUGGACCUGUCUUGCCACAACUUGGAGGCACUGCAGAACACCUUGUUUCUCAAGGCUUAUUCGCACCUGAGCCCGUUUGUGAAGAAGCUGGUGGUGUUCGUCAAGCAUUGGGCAAAGAAGGAGCAACUGUGCAAUGCCUCGCUGCGGCACCUCUCUACGUACGCCCUCACUUUGAUGGCGAUCUUCUUCCUACAGGUGCAUGACAACUGGAAGAUACCCACCUUGCCGACCACUUGCUUUACCCAUGACUGGGUCGACUCGAGCGCAAUAAACAAGGUGAAGUGGCAAGCUCCACAGCUACCGCUCACAACGCUGCUGUAUGACUUCUUCAGCUUCUAUGCUCAAGAAUACAACUGGCAGGAGGAGGUCAUCUCAGUUCGGCUCGGCCGCAGGGCCUUUAGGCAAGAGAUCAGCAACUUUCAGAACCUCGUGGGCGCAGCUUCCGCCGCGCGGCUUCACAUAGAGGAUCCUUUUCUUUUGGACAGGAACCUGAACUGCACCUUGGGCAUGGAGCAAGAAGCUCAACUCAAGGUGAAGAUCCGCAUGACCUAUGAGACCCUGGCUGCGUGGGAAAUGCCCGCAGCCUUCCAAUCCACCAAAACUUCCAGAAGUUCCAUCCGAAAUGUCCCCAGCACGCUGGUGACCAACGGCGGCAAGAAGCCAAAGAAGCCCACUGCCGAAGCGGAUGCCGCCCCGGAUGCUGCGCAGGUCCCGGUGCCGAAGUUCUUGAGGUGACGGGCCAGGUGCAGGUGCGCGUCCACUGGCGGCCUUGGGUUCCAUAUAAUGGUCUGGCCAGAACCUCAGGCAACCCCUCACGUUUGAGGAUGUUUGAGCCGGGCGCAUUGUGGCAGAAAGCCCAAGGCGGCAAUCUCGGAUUCAGCUGGCUCUCCGG